AUGGAAGAAGCUAUAAAGUUGAACCCCGAACAAUUUUGUAGAACUUGCUUGAAAAAGUCGCUAAACAUGGUUUCGCUAAAUAAAGAAUUGGUUGAUAAAGGCUGUACUCUUGCCGAUGUUGUAUCUUUAGUGUCGAAUAUAUCAAUUAAAACGGAUAAACAGUUCCCCGAGCAAGUGUGCAUUGAUUGUGAGACGGUCGCAUUAACAGCGAAUGAGUUUAGACAGCGCUGCGUCGAAUCACAGAAACUUUUAAGCAAGGUAUUCCAAAGUUAUGUUGUUGAUCCUUCCAUCACAAUACGCAAGGUAAAGAAAGAGGAAACCGGUUUCAAUAUUGAUAUUAAUAAAUUGACAAAUCAAUGUCAACUUCCUGAUAGUACAAAUUUUACGAAAAGCAUGAAAAACGAAUUGGAAGACAACUCUUGUGGUUCAAAUGAAAUUUUAUCUAGACUAGAGCUAAAGAAAGCAAUAAAAAAUGAAAUGCCAUAUUUUUCCAAUGAGGAUGAUAUGAAUUCAGAUUUUAUAGAUGAUAAUGGUGCGGCUAGUUUUCCUAGUGAUAUUAGUUUGAUGUAUGCACUCGAUAGUAAUCUCACAGUUGUUAAUAAGGAAGAUAAAUCAAUAGAAAAUCUGCAAAAACCAAUAAAAUCUGUAAAACACAAAAGUUAUUUGUUGCCUAUAAAAUGUGAGUGGUGUGAAAGGAUAUUUAAAACUGAGAAAUCAUUCACUAAACACAAGGAAACACAAUGUGUACAAUCAAAUGUUAAUAUAGAAGUUGAGUAUUUCCAAUGCUCAUUGUGUAUGAGAAAACUCAAAAAGAAAACUUCCUUAAUAGCACAUUUGAAGCACCAUGAAAUUCAGGACAGCAUAAAAUUCAUGUGCGACACAUGUAAACGCGAAUUUAAGCAUCAAAGUCAUUUAGAUAAACACAUAGCGUCCAUGCACAGGAAAGAAAAGAAAGGCUUCACUUGUGAAUACUGUUUGUCUAUUUAUCCUUCGCAAGAUACGUUAGAUAUACAUAAGGAGAAGCACAAAAAACAGAAGAAGCACAGAUGUCAUGUUUGCAGUAAGGCAUUCAACAUGUUGUCCACUUUGACAGAUCAUUUAAGAACACACACAGGAGAAAAACCAUUCUUAUGUUCUAUUUGUGGCCGAGGUUUUAGUCAGAGGACUAAUUUGGCGCAGCACAUGAGGAGGCAUUUAGGUCUGAAACCUUUUAAAUGCCGAGAGUGUGGGAAGGAGUUCGUAUCAAAAGGCGAGUUAGACGCGCACGAGCGUAAGCACAGCGGCGCGCAUCCGUUCGUAUGCGACGAGUGCGGGGGCGGGUUUACUACUUCCAGCUCGUUGGUGAAGCACCGACGGGUGCACACUGGAGAGAGGCCAUACGCAUGCGACUUGUGCCCUAUGAAGUUCAGUGCCUCAGGUACUCUCAAGAGCCACAGGAGAACGCAUACAGGAGAGAAGCCGUACCAAUGUUCCUACUGCGAGAAAGCAUUCGUCCAACGACAAGACCUGGUCUCCCAUAUACGGUGUCACACGGGAGAGAGGCCGUUCGUCUGUAAUGUCUGUGGCCAGUCCUUCCGGAAGUCGUCCGGACUCAAAGCUCAUGUGAGAAUGCACAAGGAGCAAAAUAUGGAGACGUUGCAACCGGGAAUACUCAGUGGUGUGACAAGUGCGAACGGAACGAUGGGUAGCUAA